AUGGAAGAUUGCGGAUUAUGGAAGGGCAGGUCCUGGGGCCACAUCACGCUAGUCCUUCAGCGAUGGGGAAUGCAUCACAUCAUGUCAAGCCCCCAUUACCCACAGUCCAAUGGGCAUGCAGAGGCUGCUGUGAAGAAAGUCAAGUAUCUGAUCAUGAAGACAGCACCCAACAGGAAUGUUGACUGUGAGGAGUUCGACAGAGGCUUACUGGAAUUGCGUAACACCCCAAAUUUCACUGGUCGUUCUCCUGCUCAGAUUCUGAUUGGUAUGCCCUUUCGCUCCUGUGUGCCUGCCCACUCUAGUGCCUUCAUGAAGGAGUGGCAGACCAAGGGUGAAGACUGCGACCGUCUCAUGAUUGGAAACGCAACUGACUUGGAAGAACAGCUGUAG